AUGUCUCGAAGCGAAGGAGCUACGAUCAGUGCAGCUCCACGAGCUUUGUUUCAUUCAGUCGGGACCUUCAUCUUUAUUUACACCAUCAUCCUGCUCUGCAGCGACAUCCCGGUCCCCGAGUACAAGACAGCCGUCGUCCUUCUGCUUGUCAGCUACCUGGUCAACUCCUUGAUCCUGUUCCCCCUCUCCUUGAUCCCGGUCCCGCUGAUCGGCUUCUCCGCCGCGUUCGCCUCCGUCGCCCUCUCCGUCGCCACCUUGGCCGUCGUGGUCGUCCGAUGGAACCUGGCGCUCGCGACCGCUGACCAGUGGGCUGUCCCGCACAACAUCGACCCCAGCCUCAUCCCCGAGGACGCCAACCCGAACCUCUGGAAGCUAGUCCGCAAUAAGCAGUACGGCAUCGGGGUUACCGUCGGCGCCGCCCUAGAUUUGGUCGGAAACCUUCUUGGCGCCAUCAUCGUAUGCAUUGUUCAGUUCGCCUAUACGCGUGACUGA